GGGGCGCGUGCGCAGCGGCGGCGGUUGGUGCGGGGCUGAGCCGGGCCGGGCCGGGCCAGCCGAGCUGCCCGCGCUGCCCUCCCGUCCCCUCCCGGCCCGCCCGCUCGGUCACCGCCGCUCGGCACCGCUCCCGGGCAGCGGAGGAGGGCGGCAGGGGGCCUCGCCGCCCCCGCCAUGUCGCAGGCUGGCAUGUCUGAGACCUACGAUUUCCUGUUUAAGUUCUUGGUCAUAGGAAAUGCUGGAACUGGAAAAUCCUGUUUACUACACCAAUUUAUUGAAAAGAAAUUCAAGGAUGACUCAAAUCAUACUAUAGGAGUGGAGUUUGGUUCAAAGAUCGUAAAUGUUGGUGGUAAAUAUGUAAAAUUGCAGAUAUGGGAUACAGCAGGACAAGAGAGAUUCAGGUCUGUAACAAGGAGUUACUAUAGAGGUGCUGCAGGUGCUCUGCUUGUCUAUGAUAUAACCAGCCGGGAAACCUACAACGCACUUACUAAUUGGUUGACAGAUGCAAGAAUGUUAGCAAGUCAAAAUAUUGUGAUAAUACUGUGUGGAAACAAAAAGGAUCUUGAUGCAGAUCGUGAAGUUACUUUUUUAGAAGCAUCCCGGUUUGCACAAGAAAAUGAGCUGAUGUUCUUGGAAACAAGUGCACUAACAGGGGAAAAUGUUGAAGAGGCCUUUGUACAGUGUGCAAGAAAAAUACUCAAUAAAAUUGAAUCAGGAGAACUGGACCCAGAAAGAAUGGGCUCAGGUAUUCAGUAUGGAGAUGCUGCCUUGAGACAGUUGAGAUCACCACGUAGAGCACAAGCACAAAGUGCUCAAGAAUGUGGGUGUUAAAGAAACAAAAUGCAAAUUCCCAGAUACUCACUUUAGAUACAGAAGCUGUCCUUGCAAAUGAUGUUUGAAGAAACAGACAAAGCUUGAAGGCUAUACGGUUUUUAAAAACAUCUUUCGACUACCUACCAACAGAGCAGACCACUGCUGACAGAGAGGUGUGGUGUGGGGCAGGAAUGUUCAUGUGACACAAGUGUCUGCCAAGUGAACUUGAUAAUUAGGUGGACAGUAUUAAGACUCACACCUGUAUGUAAACUUUUUUCCAUUGCCUAUUUUUGUUCUUUCACCUCUAGUUUAAAGCAUUGCUAUAUACUGUAAAUACUGUAACAGUAAAUUUACAAAGCAUGGUAUACUUAUGUAUGCUGAUAGAAUGUUGCACUACGAGCAGUUUAAUAUUUUAUUUUUUUAUCAUAUAAACAAACUUAACUGAGGUAGGCUUUGUCAUGUUUGUUUGUUGCACAAUAGUUCAUAUUUAUGACCUGAAUUACAAAACCACUGGCACUGUCAGUGAGGGAUUAUUGUUUUAUUUUUUCCUAAUUAGUUGGCCACAUUCUAACAAGCUGUUGACAUGACUGAUUCUUAGCAUAUGGUUAGGACCCAUACCUGUGUUUAAUAAUAAGUUGGAAAAGUAGUUUUUAUUGAUGUUUGCUUAUCUUAUUUUGUCACGGUUCUGAAAUAACUUCUGAAGCUCUUUUAAGUCUCUCAGUUGGCUGUUGACUGACUUAAAUUUCUUUUCUUGGUCCUGAUGUUUUGUGUAGCACUGGCAUCAUGGAAGUGGAAUGUAUCUGUGAACAGAACUGUGCAUCUCUGUGUGUUGUAAUUCUAGGGCAGGGGCAUGGGCUUAUGGAGAAUUAUCACAGUAGGGGUUCUAACAUCUUAUCCCAGAGCAAUUAGCCAUGGAAAUAUGAUCUCUGUUGAAGCAUUUCUGGUGAGGUACACACUGAACCAAAAUGUGUUCUUCUGAAGUAUCCUGUAUGUAUGUAUGGAAUUCAAAAUAGUAUUUUUUCUUCUUAAACAUUUGUAAAGUACGAUUAUGUACUUAUGUACAGGAACUUAAAUUUUAAAAUUAGAUUUUAAAACUGGGAACUUAGUCUGUCUUGCUGGAGCUCUACCUUUGAACUUCAUGUGAAUCCACUGUAGGCUUCCCACAUUGACCCCAGGAGACCCCAUGAUGGAAAGAAAAAAAACAAGCAUACUACUUGUUUUUUUUCUUCCUGUGAAACUCAUCAAGGUGAAUGUGAGCCUUGGUAUUGAUACUUUUUAAAAAUACGUUAAAACACCCAUUUCAGACUUUAUUUUCUGCCCUCUUUUUUAUUGUGGCAAAGAGGCACAGAGCAGGAGAUUAGGAAGCCUGUCCUCAUUCAAGGUUCAAGGGUUCAGGGUCCAAGGGGGAAAGACCAAACCACAAGUAUUGCAUAUGAUUUUUUACAGUGCCAUGACAACUGAUCAGCUAAGAGACCUGUGGCUUUUGUUUUGCCAGAGAAGGAGCUGCAGAACUAAGCUUGUGUUCCUGGAGGUAGCUAAGCUCAACCAGCUAAGGGGGGCAAUUAGACUUGUUCUGAUGGAAAUAACUAAUUACUUGUAUAACUAGAAAUGGGAUGGCUCCUAGGAAGUGUAAAUUAACACAAUUAGUAAUUUGAUCAAAACUCAGUAUUGAAAUUCCCAGUUCAAACAUGCUGUAUUAUUUUCUAUAUGUGAAUCUUUUAUAUUGAAGGGUCACUUGUCAAAUGCACAUUUAAAAAACUAUAUCAGAAAAGUGAACUGAUGCUGUAAUUUAGAGGGCAGUUAAAGCACAAGAGCAAAGGAAGAAUGCUACCCAUCUUUCAUGGAAUUAGAAUUGAGUUUAAAACCAUUUCUUUCAUCUUGACAUUUUUGGUUCAAAUGUAUGCUUAUCUGAAUAUUACACACCUUAGGUCAUCUUUGAAUUAAAAGGAAUUUAGCGCUUUGUAGUUGAAAAUCCUAGCUUUACUUCUAAAAAGGCUGUUGGGUCCAAAGACUUACAUAGGAGAGAGAGAGAGAACGUAUUUUGUUAUAUUGGAUUGGGUGUAUUGCAUAACCAACAACAGUCAUUCCCAAGGUGUAUUCUCUUCCUGGCAAGUGUGUAAAGUAUUUUUUGAAGCACCUUAACUGUGCAUUUACUAGAACAUCAAAGAACUCCAACUAAACUUACCAGUCUUAAUCCUCAUUCAAUUUAUUUUGGCUUCCACUACUCAGAACUGGAAGUAAUUACCUAAAAUAGGUCCUGGGAAGUAGAUGUUGGAUGCAGUUGUCUCAUCCACCCAUCCAAAUGGUAUAUUAUUAACUGAGAUGUGUUGUGUUUCUGCCAGAGCUGGGGAGGGAAAGGUGUUGGUUUCAAAACCUCAAAUCAGUUUUACAAUCUAAUAAGCAAAUGCUGAGUAUGCACUUCCCAGCUGGGACACAGCACAAGUCAAGCUUAAAGUCUCUCUCCUGUCACUGUUAAUGGUUGAAGUGGUGUUGCCUGUUGAUCAAAACUUCUUUCCAUUAUUACAGUAGCAGAUGAAAGGAGUCGGAGAUUGUUACUUAAUUCUGUUGCUUUUAAAUAAAAAUUUUAGGGGUUUGGCAGGGACUUCCUUGUACUUCUUCCUGUCCUUUUUCCUUUACAUAUAUGACUGACCUCUUUUCUAUACUUGAUUCUUAAAAUAAUUUUGGUCAGGUGUCUGUGGUUAAGAAGUAGUAGGCAUAGUUUUAUUCUUUCUGUAACCAAGUGUCUUAACCUGUUCCCUUCCUACCUGGAAGGAAAUAAUAGCAUCAUUAUAGGAGUUUUUACAUUGUUUUUACAAUUUUUUUAAUGUAUAUCCUUACCAUAUACACAUUAACCAAGUUAAUGUGCAUGUUUUGUAGUAUUGCAACCUUUUACGCUGCAUAUCCUAUAUUUUAAAAAUAAACUUUCUAAAUUGGCAAAUCCUGAGGGAAAUACUGUUGGAAGCAAUAGCUCUCACCAGUGCAAGCUAUAUUCUUUACUGUUUCUCCUCUGAGGGUUUUUUAUUUCUAAAAAUAAACAUCAUGCCAAUUACAGCCCUGGAAUAGAUUUUAAGCUUUAGCAUUAUAGUUGAUAACAGCAAACCAAACUUAGCUCACCUAUACAUUAAAUGAUAAAUAGGUUAAAUUGUAUGUUUUUAGCAUAAAAUUCUUACUUUACCAAAGCAAGAUGGCUUGGAGACUUACACAAAAUAAUACUGGGUACCUAUAUCCUAAGAUUUAUUGGAUGUGGAGCUUUAGCUGUUCAGACCUUUCAAAGAUUUAAAUGUCUUAUUAAAGCUUAUGUCUUGCCUUUUAAUCAGUAUGUUGGCCUACACUAUUUCAUUUAAUGCUUGUAUCUAGCACCCAAUAAAGAAUCUUCCUUGAUUUUC